UGCACUAACAUAAAAUUUUGAGGACAAGCUUUCGGGAAUGCUAGCAGACGCCUUCUGUAAGAAAGGUUACAAGGACAAAACUAUCAACACCAGCAUAAACACAGCCUUGAGAACACGAAGGGAAAAUCUACUUCAGUACAAAGAAAAAAAACAAACAACCGUGUACCUCUAGUAACCACAUACAAUCCAGCACUAGAAGGGAUAAGAGAAAAAAUCAAAGAUUUACAACUCAUCAUAACAGAUGAACAACCCCCAAUACUGGCCUUCAGACAACCCCCCAA